CAAAGUUGGCCUAAUAAAGGGAACUAAAGGGGCAAUUCAUCUUCUGCUAGCUGAUAAUCAAUUUUGGCUUGUACAAAAGUGUUAAAUUUUUGCUAGAAUAAGAUAAAUUUCGCAAAUUGUUCUUCUUUUAUUUGUCUGUCUCGGACAGAUUCCACCGACGUAAACCGCUGAACAUCGAAAAUGAUACGAUUCAUCCUUAUCCAGAACCGUGCGGGAAAGACACGAUUGGCUAAGUGGUACAUGAAUUUUGAUGACGACGAAAAGCAGAAACUGAUCGAGGAGGUCCACGCCGUCGUUACGGUACGCGAUGCGAAGCACACGAACUUUGUUGAGUUCCGUAACUUCAAGAUUGUUUACCGAAGAUACGCCGGAUUGUACUUCUGCAUUUGUGUGGACGUGAACGACAACAAUCUCUGCUAUCUGGAGGCGAUCCACAAUUUCGUCGAGGUUUUAAACGAAUACUUCCACAAUGUGUGUGAGCUGGAUUUGGUGUUUAACUUCUACAAGGUGUACACGGUUGUGGAUGAAAUGUUCCUGGCUGGGGAGAUCCGGGAAACUUCGCAAACCAAAGUACUGAAACAGUUGCUGACGUUAAACUCGCUAGAGUAAGCCGCUGGUAGAGGACGACAAUUUAUUUCCAUAUUAUGCAAUAUUAGUCAUAUAUAUGUCACUCACACGGGAAUCCCUAUAUUCUCAUUCAUCGACCAG